AUGUCAAUUUCAAAGUUGACAGGGAAUGACACUCCAUUUUGGCAGAUUAUCAAACAAGGAAGGUGGAGUGAUUUAAUGAACAGAUUAUUGGUACAUUCUGGCAUUUUGGUACUCCGUUGGAUUUCAAAAGCAAAUGAGAGGAUUUUCACUAUACAAAUUGGCCUUGGAGUCUUGAAAACCUCUCUCUGGAAGAAAUUAAAAAAGACAAAAUUAUAA